AUGAAUACGAAUAAUCGUAAAGGAUUAUUGGCAAGUGUUCGAGCCUAUCCGGCAGGAGUAUUUUUCAUGCUUGGCAAUGAAUUCUGUGAACGUUUCAGUUUUUAUGGCAUGCGAGCCAUUUUAAUGCUUUUUCUUAUCAUCGAAUAUCAUUUCAGUGAAAGUCAGGCAUCACUUUUCUACCAUUCAUUCAUAGCACUUGCUUAUAUCUCACCGUUGUUUGGUUCAAUCGCAGCGGAUAACUAUUUCGGUCGAUUUCGAGUGAUACUUUGGAUGUCUAUUGUUUAUGUGAUUGGUCAUGUAUUGAUAUCAGUUGGUGCAAUACCAGAACUUGAUCAAAAAAUUAGUUCGAUAUUUAAUUUUGGCGGACUAUUUGUUAUUGCUUUAGCUACAGGUGGUAUAAAACCAUGCGUUUCAGCAUUUGCUGCUGAUCAGUUUGAAGAGAACCAAGUGGAUGAAAGAAGACAAUUUUUCUCAUUUUUCUAUUUUGCAAUUAAUGCUGGUUCUUUGUUAGCAAUUUUAUUGACACCGAUAUUGAGAGGACGAGUGAAAUGUUUUGGUUCCGAAUAUUGUUUUCCAUUGGCAUUUGGUGUUCCCGGUGUAUUAAUGUUACUGGCCUUUUUAUUGUUUCUAGUCGGUUGGCGAUAUUAUAAAAUAGUGCCACCUGUGAAGGGUAACGUUGUAUUCAAUGCCGUCUGUUGCAUUUGUUAUGCCGCUCGAAAAAAAUUAUGCAAUUUUAUUAAAGGUCAAGAUAAAGCUGAACAUUGGCUCGAUUAUGCUGUACCCAAAUAUGACAAUCAUUUCUUACGCGAUGUCAAAAGUUUAGUGGCUGUUUUGGUUCUAUUCAGUCCAGUUGUAUUCUUUUGGGCGCUAUUCGAUCAACAGGGUAGUACGUGGAUGUUACAAGCUCGUCGCAUGGAUGGUCGUGUUGGUCCAUUUACCAUACUACCAGAUCAAAUGAAUACCCUUAAUCCGCUUAUUGUCCUUAUUAUAGUACCCAUAUUUGAAGCAUGGAUUUAUCCAAUAGCUCAAAGGAUUUGUAAAGUAACACCACUUCGGAAAAUGGCUGCUGGUGGUUGUCUUGCAACUAUAGCCUUUGUUAUGGCAGGAAUAUUGCAAUUACAAAUAAACAAGACAAUGGAAUUAUGUCCGGAAAAUGGUAAAGUGAUUCUGCAAGCAUUUGGUGAUUCUUUACAAUCUUAUCGGAUUAACGGAGCAACACUUAGUAGUGGAAAGAUUGAUUUGCCAGAAGGUUUUUAUACCGUAACAUCAGAUUCGAUCGAAAAUGCACAAAGUUUUCAAUUGAAUUUAUCAAGUACUGUUUCAUCCGGAUAUGUUCUCGGAUUAUUUCAAUCAUCUCAAAAUAAGAGUAGCUUUUCCUUUUUUCCUUAUAAUUGUGAGAAAACUGAAAACAGUGGAACCCGCUUGUAUCUGUUGGUGUCAGAUGAUUCCAUUUUAGCGAACGGAAGUUUUUACAUUAUUGAUAUCCACGGGAACAUUCAUCAAAAAUCAAUUAUAGAAUCAGGUAAACAUUUGGAUAUCCAUCCAGCACUGAUCAGCUCACCGAAAUAUGUGUUAAAAAUUGGUCCUGCUAAUUGUUUGGUUACUAAUUGUCCAUACAAUUACACUAUUUACGCAGAAACUGGUGGCGCUUAUGUCGUAUACAUAACUGAGAGCAUCAUUAAUGUUUACACUGUGGUCAAGCCAAAUACAGUCAAAAUCCUUUGGCAACUACCGCAAUUUUUUGUCAUAACAGUUGGUGAAGUAUUAUUUUCGGUAACUGGCUUAGAAUUCUCAUACUCACAAGCAUCACCAAAUAUGAAAUCUGUAUUACAGGCUGUUUGGUUGAUGACUGUAUUCCUGGGCAAUGUGAUAGAUAUGCUAAUUUCCGGAUCACAUAUUGUUGCUGAACCAGCGACCGAAUUUUUUGUCUAUGCUUUUAUAAUGGUUAUUGUAAUUGGGUUAUUUAUUGGACUUGCAAUUAGAUAUAAGUACAAUAACUAUGCAGAAGAUAAAGAUGUACAAAUGAAGCAUAUUGAAAAGCCAUCAUCUCAGGUAAAUGGAAUGUAA